AUGUAUACGCUGGUGUCUGGUGUGGCCUGGUGUACCAUCGAUGUAUACGCUGGUGUCUGGUGUGGCCUGGUGUACCAUCGAUGUAUACGCUGGUGUCUGGUGUGGCCUGGUGUACCAUCGAUGUUUACGCUGGUGUCUGGUGUGGCCUGGUGUACCAUCGAUGUAUACACUGGUGUCUGGUGUGGCCUGGUGUACCAUCGAUGUAUACGCUGGUGUCUGGUGUGGCCUGGUGUACCAUCGAUGUUUACGCUGGUGUCUGGUGUGGCCUGGUGUACCAUCGAUGUAUACGCUGGUGUCUGGUGUGGCCUGGUGUACCAUCGAUGUAUACGCUGGUGUCUGGUGUGGCCUGGUGUACCAUCGAUGUAUACGCUGGUGUCUGGUGUGGCCUGGUGUACCAUCGAUGUAUACGCUGGUGUCUGGUGUGGCCUGGUGUACCAUCGAUGUAUACGCUGGUGUCUGGUGUGGCCUGGUGUACCAUCGAUGUAUACACUGGUGUCUGGUGUGGCCUGGUGUACCAUCGAUGUAUACACUGGUGUCUGGUGUGGCCUGGUGUACCAUCGAUGUAUACACUGGUGUCUGGUGUGGCCUGGUGUACCAUCGAUGUAUACACUGGUGUCUGGUGUGGCCUGGUGUACCAUCGAUGUAUACACUGGUGUCUGGUGUGGCCUGGUGUACCAUCGAUGUAUACGCUGGUGUCUGGUGUGGCCUGGUGUACCAUCGAUGUAUACGCUGGUGUCUGGUGUGGCCUGGUGUACCAUCGAUGUAUACGCUGGUGUCUGGUGUGGCCUGGUGUACCAUCGAUGUAUACACUGGUGUCUGGUGUGGCCUGGUGUACCAUCGAUGUAUACGCUGGUGUCUGGUGUGGCCUGGUGUACCAUCGAUGUAUACGCUGGUGUCUGGUGGUGUGGCCUGGUGUACCAUCGAUGUAUACGCUGGUGUCUGGUGUGGCCUGGUGUACCAUCGAUGUAUACGCUGGUGUCUGGUGUGGCCUGGUGUACCAUCGAUGUAUAUACGCUGGUGUCUGGUGUGGCCUGGUGUACCAUCGAUGUAUACACUGGUGUCUGGUGUGGCCUGGUGUACCAUCGAUGUAUACGCUGGUGUCUGGUGUGGCCUGGUGUACCAUCGAUGUAUACGCUGGUGUCUGGUGUGGCCUGGUGUACCAUCGAUGUAUACGCUGGUGUCUGGUGUGGCCUGGUGUACCAUCGAUGUAUACGCUGGUGUCUGGUGUGGCCUGGUGUACCAUCGAUGUAUACGCUGGUGUCUGGUGUGGCCUGGUGUACCAUCGAUGUUUACGCUGGUGUCUGGUGUGGCCUGGUGUACCAUCGAUGUAUACACUGGUGUCUGGUGUGGCCUGGUGUACCAUCGAUGUAUACGCUGGUGUCUGGUGUGGCCUGGUGUACCAUCGAUGUUUACGCUGGUGUCUGGUGUGGCCUGGUGUACCAUCGAUGUAUACGCUGGUGUCUGGUGUGGCCUGGUGUACCAUCGAUGUAUACGCUGGUGUCUGGUGUGGCCUGGUGUACCAUCGAUGUAUACGCUGGUGUCUGGUGUGGCCUGGUGUACCAUCGAUGUAUACGCUGGUGUCUGGUGUGGCCUGGUGUACCAUCGAUGUAUACGCUGGUGUCUGGUGUGGCCUGGUGUACCAUCGAUGUAUACACUGGUGUCUGGUGUGGCCUGGUGUACCAUCGAUGUAUACACUGGUGUCUGGUGUGGCCUGGUGUACCAUCGAUGUAUACACUGGUGUCUGGUGUGGCCUGGUGUACCAUCGAUGUAUACACUGGUGUCUGGUGUGGCCUGGUGUACCAUCGAUGUAUACACUGGUGUCUGGUGUGGCCUGGUGUACCAUCGAUGUAUACGCUGGUGUCUGGUGUGGCCUGGUGUACCAUCGAUGUAUACGCUGGUGUCUGGUGUGGCCUGGUGUACCAUCGAUGUAUACGCUGGUGUCUGGUGUGGCCUGGUGUACCAUCGAUGUAUACGCUGGUGUCUGGUGUGGCCUGGUGUACCAUCGAUGUAUACGCUGGUGUCUGGUGUGGCCUGGUGUACCAUCGAUGUAUACGCUGGUGUCUGGUGUGGCCUGGUGUACCAUCGAUGUAUACGCUGGUGUCUGGUGUGGCCUGGUGUACCAUCGAUGUAUACGCUGGUGUCUGGUGUGGCCUGGUGUACCAUCGAUGUAUACGCUGGUGUCUGGUGUGGCCUGGUGUACCAUCGAUGUAUACGCUGGUGUCUGGUGUGGCCUGGUGUACCAUCGAUGUAUACACUGGUGUCUGGUGUGGCCUGGUGUACCAUCGAUGUAUACGCUGGUGUCUGGUGUGGCCUGGUGUACCAUCGAUGUAUACACUGGUGUCUGGUGUGGCCUGGUGUACCAUCGAUGUAUACACUGGUGUCUGGUGUGGCCUGGUGUACCAUCGAUGUAUACGCUGGUGUCUGGUGUGGCCUGGUGUACCAUCGAUGUAUACGCUGGUGUCUGGUGUGGCCUGGUGUACCAUCGAUGUAUACACUGGUGUCUGGUGUGGCCUGGUGUACCAUCGAUGUAUACGCUGGUGUCUGGUGUGGCCUGGUGUACCAUCGAUGUAUACGCUGGUGUCUGGUGUGGCCUGGUGUACCAUCGAUGUAUACGCUGGUGUCUGGUGUGGCCUGGUGUACCAUCGAUGUAUACGCUGGUGUCUGGUGUGGCCUGGUGUACCAUCGAUGUAUACGCUGGUGUCUGGUGUGGCCUGGUGUACCAUCGAUGUAUACGCUGGUGUCUGGUGUGGCCUGGUGUACCAUCGAUGUAUACACUGGUGUCUGGUGUGGCCUGGUGUACCAUCGAUGUAUACGCUGGUGUCUGGUGUGGCCUGGUGUACCAUCGAUGUAUACACUGGUGUCUGGUGUGGCCUGGUGUACCAUCGAUGUAUACACUGGUGUCUGGUGUGGCCUGGUGUACCAUCGAUGUAUACGCUGGUGUCUGGUGUGGCCUGGUGUACCAUCGAUGUAUACGCUGGUGUCUGGUGUGGCCUGGUGUACCAUCGAUGUAUACGCUGGUGUCUGGUGUGGCCUGGUGUACCAUCGAUGUAUACGCUGGUGUCUGGUGUGGCCUGGUGUACCAUCGAUGUAUACGCUGGUGUCUGGUGUGGCCUGGUGUACCAUCGAUGUAUACGCUGGUGUCUGGUGUGGCCUGGUGUACCAUCGAUGUAUACGCUGGUGUCUGGUGUGGCCUGGUGUACCAUCGAUGUAUACACUGGUGUCUGGUGUGGCCUGGUGUACCAUCGAUGUAUACGCUGGUGUCUGGUGUGGCCUGGUGUACCAUCGAUGUAUACGCUGGUGUCUGGUGUGGCCUGGUGUACCAUCGAUGUAUACGCUGGUGUCUGGUGUGGCCUGGUGUACCAUCGAUGUAUACGCUGGUGUCUGGUGUGGCCUGGUGUACCAUCGAUGUAUACGCUGGUGUCUGGUGUGGCCUGGUGUACCAUCGAUGUAUACGCUGGUGUCUGGUGUGGCCUGGUGUACCAUCGAUGUAUACACUGGUGUCUGGUGUGGCCUGGUGUACCAUCGAUGUAUACGCUGGUGUCUGGUGUGGCCUGGUGUACCAUCGAUGUAUACGCUGGUGUCUGGUGUGGCCUGGUGUACCAUCGAUGUAUACACUGGUGUCUGGUUUAG